UGGCUAAUCGCGUUGCAGAGCCUGAAUGGAGAAGGAGUGAUGGAGCUGGAGAAGGAGAUAGAGAUAGGAAAAGCGAAUUUCAACAUUUUCUUUAGAAACUAACGUUAUUCUGAACACACUGUGACACUGGGUGCUGCCAAUACGACAUGCAGUCAUGAAGCGAGUACGUACAGAGCAGUUCCAGUACACGGUUGCUCAGUACCUCAAGCGUCGGCAGUAUGUAGACUCAGAAGGUCCUCUGAAGGGGCCGAAGUUGUCUCAGACUGUAGAGGAGAUGGCAGCUAACCUCACAGUUCAAACAGAGUCAGGUUGUACCAAUUUUGUGUCUGCUGCCCCUUGUCAGGCAGACUCACAGCAGUAUGAAAUACAGUUUGGACAAUUGCGAACUUUUCUGACUGAUACAGAUGUGCAGUGGAGCUGGGAAGUGACCUCAGUGCUGUACCCCCUAUUUGUCUACCUCCACCUUGACAUGGUACACUGUGGCCUAAAAAGCUCAGUGGACAGCUUUUAUAGCCGCUUCCACAACAUGUUCCUGCAGGACACUGACCAGAAGGACAUUAUAGAACAGUUACGGACUACCCUGACAGUCCAGGAUAUCUCAUCUAAUCCAAAACUCAGAGCCUUCCUUGACAAUAAGUAUGUCGUCCACCUCACUGAUGAGGCCUACAACUACCUCCUCCGCUACCUCCAGAGUGACAAUAACACUGCUCUCUGUAGGGUGCUGGCUUCCCACAUCCAAGUGGAGGUUACUUCCACCCAGCGGACUGUCUAUCAAUUGUAUGGUAGCGGCCCCAGUGGCGUGGGGGUGUUUUCACGAGGGGAUGCCAGCAAUAACAUGGAACCUGGGGAUGUUCCUGCUACCAUCCUGCAGAACGAAGCCGCCCGCAACUUGUUGCAAGAGUGUAUCAAACGUGUGAAGGACGGGCCACCGUCGCUCAGCACGGUCUGCUUCUACGCAUUUCACAACACAGACCAACUGCUCAAUUCCGCUGAGAUCUCCGCCAACAGCAAGCUGUUGGCUGCCGGCUUCGACAACUCCUGCGUCAAAUUGUGGAGCCUGCGGGCCCGGAAGCUCAAGGCAGAGCCCCACCAGGUGGACGUCUCAAGAAUCAAUUUGGCGUGCGACGUCCUUGAGGAUGAGAGUGAAGAUGAAGACAGUGCUGGUACUGAAAUGAAAACCCUAAGAGGACACUGUGGGCCGGUGUACAGUACUACAUUCCUUACAGACAGCUCGGGACUCCUCUCCUGUUCUGAGGACACAACAAUCAGAUACUGGAACCUUGGCAGUUUUACUAACACUGCUUUGUACCAGGGACAUGCGUACCCGGUGUGGGACAUUGACAUUAGCCCGUGCAGCCUUUAUUUUGCCAGUGGGUCGCAUGACAGGACUGCUAGGCUUUGGACGUUUAGUCGGACAUACCCAUUGAGGCUCUAUGUGGGUCACUUGGCAGACGUAGACUGUGUCAAGUUCCAUCCCAACUCUAAUUAUAUCGCCACAGGCUCCACUGACAAAACUGUCCGGCUGUGGAGUACACAGCAAGGGAAUUCCGUAAGGCUGUUCACUGGCCAUCGUGGCCCUGUUUUAUCACUGGCCUUUUCACCCAAUGGGAAGUACCUGGCAUCAGCAGGGGAAGACCAGAGGCUAAAACUGUGGGACUUGGCAUCGGGUGCAUUAUUUAAAGACUUGAGGGGGCAUACCAGCAACAUCACAAGCCUCUCCUUCAGUCCCGACAGUAGCUUGAUAGCCUCUGCCUCCAUGGACAAUUCUGUCAGGGUUUGGGAUAUCCGAAACACGUACUGCAAUGCACCUGCGGACGGCUCCUCCAGUGAGCUAGUUGGCGUUUACACAGGACAGACUAGUAAUGUAUUGAGCGUGCAGUUUAUGGCCUGCAACUUACUACUAGUGACUGGAACAGCACAGGAAAACCAAGAACAUUAGUCUAGGGUAGAGAGAUACUGGUGUCUAAGUGGUCUAGGACAGGUAAUAUUUAUUCUUGUGGUGGUAAGAUGUUGGUUUGCCAGACCUGGUAGGGGAAAGUUAGAAAAUGGCAAAUGGAGCAUGUUUCAUGGAGCCUUGAAAAAACCCUAAUACAUUUUAAGGCGGUAUUCCGUGAGGCGAACAGGCUCGGACAGCCAGGUUCCGCUUGUUCGAUGUAGAACAGGAACAGGUUUUAGUCUAUUUUGUGAAAUUAGUUUGAUUUUUUUUUUAUUUUCAGUCAAAAGUUCCAAGCAGUAUUUAUAUCAAAUGUAAUAAACUGGACCAUUAAUAUUAUUAUUAUGGGUCAAAUAAAUAAAACAAAUCUCGCAAUACAGUACAAAUCAUCGUAAAUCGCGGCUACAUUUAUUGUAGUUUGCCAGUAUUGCAAGUACACAUAGUUUAUCUAAUAUUAGAAUACAGAGAAUCCGCAAUACAGCUAUGAUCAAAGGUUUUGCAUCCCCCUAUAAAAUUAACAAAUGUUGCUUAAUAAAGUCAAAUGAAACCUGCUGAAUAAUGUUACGUUAACCUAUUGAAUAACAUACCGCUUUGUAGUUUGAUCAUAUAGGCCUACAGAAUGAAAAAUGUGACAUUUCAAAAUCUAAAAUGAAAUAUGGCUUCCGGUAGACUUUUGCAAUAUAACUUUGAUUAUAUGAAGGUAAAAUUAUGUUUCUUAUUUUUUAUUGCGUCUCAAUCCUAAAAUUCUAGGUGAUGCAAAACUUUUGGGCACAGCUGUACCUGCGGGGCUUCACCGUGUUUCACCGUGUAAAAAUGUUUGCCGAGCAGACCGGGCUGUUCGACUAAAUAAGCAGAACACGUUCCAGGGCAGGGAAGUGGAACGGUUUAGCCAAAUCGGAUUGUUCAGUUCGGUCUCAGAAAUUACGCCUUCAGUAAGUCGAAAGAGGGUAAACUGGUUUCAAAGAUAUGUAUCGGAUCGAUGUCUGAACUUAUUAAAUCAAAUGGGUUUGAAUGGCAGGCAGAAAUAACUUGCUGACAAAACAUACAGGUGAUUUCCUUAUGUAGUCCAAGGUUUGUGCUCCUCUGGGUCUGCGAAUCCAGCCAAUGAUGUUUUAAAUAAGACAAAUAUUUUUUUCAAAGGUCAUUUGGAUGAGAGGUGCCCAAGAUUUACACUUCAAAAUCAAUGAAGCUUAACAGAGAGAAAAUUCGACAAGAUGUCCCCAUGCCCCACAAAAAAGUGUCUUUCAAUGUAUGAAAGUAUGCCAAAGACUGAUCAGUAGUUAUGGAGAUACUUCUAAAAUGUCAGUCUUUAGCCCAAUCAAUCGACGGCCUGAAUUACUGCGGUAGCAUGAACUGGAUUCUGUUGCACUCAAGAAAUUGCAAUGGGAUGUCUAUAAGCAAUUUCAUUGCAAUUGGAUGGGCAGUAUUUUCUGUUUGUUGGUGGGGACAGUAAACUCCAGUGAACGAGAGGUGGUCUGUCUGUUGUCUUUGCUUUUGUUUGUGACAAGCAAACCAUCAUCCUAGUAAUGUCACUGAUCUUAAAUAUAUCCAUCUGAAUUGAAGGGUUUCAAAUGUACAGCAUUCUGCAUUAGUCCCAGUUUACUGACUGCUGAAAGGUUUAGGAAAUGUUUGUUUGUAAAGAAUAGGUACAACAAGGAUGUUAUUGCUAUCAGAGGAACUUGUGCUGUUUGCCAGGCCAAAAGGCUUUAAAAGAUUGUGUCUUGAAUUAUUAGAUUGUAAUUUAUUGAGGAAAAACAAAUUCUUUAGAAGUUUGCCCUGAGCAAGCAUAAGCGCCUAUCUCCUAUGGCUCAUGUAUUGAUUUAUACUAAAAUGCUGUAUGUAGGGAUGAUUCUCUACUGAAGGGUCAAUAGCUGAUGCUUUUUGCUCCUCUAUUCCUCAGUAGCACCAACUGUUCAAUUGUAAUGCACUAAGGGAUUGAAAAACCUAACAUUACCAGUCAGAAAAAUGAACAGGAUAUUUUGUAUGCUUUUGAUACCUAGUUUACAAGCUUGUGUGGUGUGUAUGCUGCAGUCUACAAAAUUGUUCUUUUUAUUUUGGAACUGUUAAAAGUAAAUACUAUUUUCUUAAGUGACUGGCAGUGGCAUAUUCCAGUUCUUUGCAUUUCUGAAGGACUCAUUUUUGUAUUGACAUUUCUAUUAAAAUGUUUGUUUGUUUUUUUAAUUAAUUAAAUACUACUUGUAAUUUU